AUGGCAACAAUUGCAACCUACCGAGUUCCAAAGGUUGAAAACGAGAAUAAUAGACAUUACGAAAGAGACUCUCCAGACCGUAAAGCACUCGCCAGCGCUCUCGCUGCACAUGAAAAGCCUGUCAACGUUCCAACCGUCAUUGACGGAAGAGAAGUCUGGCAGUCUAUAAGCUAUACGCAACCGAACCCCUCACUUCACAAAUCUGCCGUCGCAAAAUAUUCGAAUGCUAGCUCUCAAGAUGUCUCAAAAGCUAUCGAGUCUGCGCUCGCAGCCAAGCAGAAUUGGGAAGCCCUUCCUUUCCACGAUCGUGCCUCCAUAUUCCUUAAGGCUGCCGAUCUCAUAGGAGGGAAAUAUCGACAUGACAUUAUUGCAACUACAAUGCUCGGGCAGGGCAAAAACACCUGGCAAGCUGAGAUCGACGCCGCCGCGGAGUUGUGUGACUUCCUUCGCUUCAACGUCCAAUAUGCCCAAGAAUUGUACGCUCAGCAGCCUGUGCACAAUUCGCCUGGCGUAUGGAAUCGAGUUGAAUAUAGGCCUCUUGAGGGUUUCGUUUAUGCUGUCACACCCUUCAACUUCACAGCCAUAGGUGGCAACCUACCCUGUGCUCCUGCCCUAAUGGGGAACGUUGUUGUAUGGAAACCAUCGCCAUCCGCAAUCGCUUCGAACUAUUUAAUCUACCAAAUCUUGCUUGAAUCUGGCCUCCCCCCCAAUGUAAUUCAAUUCGUGCCUGGCGACGCAGAACAAGUUACCUCGGUUGUCCUCGCUCACAGGGACUUCUCUAGCCUUCACUAUACCGGCAGCACAGCCGUUUUCCGUAGUCUGUAUGGCAGAAUAGCAAACAACGUCGCGUCCGGCAAAUACAAAGGCUACCCACGCAUUGUUGGAGAAACAGGUGGCAAAAAUUUCCAUCUAAUUCACCCAAGCGCCGACGUCAAUAAUGCAGUCAUCAACACAAUCCGCGGCGCUUUCGAGUUUCAGGGACAAAAGUGUAGCGCGUGCUCCCGCGCCUACAUUCCUUCUUCUCUAUGGUCCAAGUUCAAGGAAGGCCUGGUGUUGGAAACGAAAGCCUUGAAGGUGGGGCCACCAACCUCCUUUGAAAACUUCAUUGGCCCCGUAAUCCAUAAUCGUUCCUUUGAUAAGCUAGCAAAAGUCAUCGACGAUGCGAAGUCAGACCAAGAGCUCGAACUAUUGGUUGGAGGAACAUACGAUGGCUCAGAAGGCUAUUUCAUCCACCCAACCAUCUACCUCACCAAGAAUCCAAACCAUCAUCUCAUGUCCACUGAGCUCUUCGGCCCAAUACUGACAGUCUAUGUAUACGACGACGCUGGGGAGAACUCAUUCGCCAAAGUCUGCAAGCUCAUUGAUAGCUCGUCUGAGUACGCACUCACGGGGGCGGUCUUUGCGCAAGACAGGCAGGCUGUUGCGUUUGCAGAACACGCGCUUCGAAAUUCAGCCGGCAAUUUUUAUAUAAACACCAAAUGCACCGGUGCGGUCGUUGGCCAGCAGCCGUUUGGUGGUGCUAGAGCAAGCGGGACGAAUGACAAAGCGGGGAGUCAGAAUCUACUGAGCAGGUUUGUCAGUAUAAGGGCUAUCAAGGAAGAUUUUGUGGGUAAUGGAAAGGUAGAGUACCCGAGUAAUGAGAUAUGA